AGACACUGGCACAUUUCAUCCUAUAGCUACCUCUUACGCCACCUACGCACAUUAGUUUGCUAAGAAGAUCCGGAGUAGUCGUAGGGUGCUGCGAUUCUGGAUCGAGCGCUGCUUCAUCUUUCUCUAUUUCAUUUCUCGUUUUUAACAUUUAUUUCCAUCAACUAGCUACAGACAUGUUCACCUCUCUCUAGCACCACCCGAAUCUUCCUUCCUGGGGAUAUUCCCCCUCUCUCUUCAUUAUUCAGAUGGCAGAUGCAGGGAUACAAGGCAGCUGCCUCUCCUGGAUAUUCCAUUUGGAGGAAAUGGGACCCAACCUUUGUGACUGGGACUACUGUACUGAAUUUAUCAUCAACAGUCUUUUUACAUGAUCCUCGCCUGUAUUCUUCAGUGUCUUGAGUCCGAAAGACAGGAUCAAAAUAGACUGCAGCAUCUAGAUGAAGUUGUUCAGCCAUGCAAUGUUCCUGGAAGGCUGUGAUUCUUCUAGCCUUGGCAUCCAUUGCAAUCCAGUACACCGCAAUCAGGACUUUCACAGCAAAGCCCUUUCAGAUGUGCCCGGUACCAAACCCUUUGAACUGUGGCCUGGGCCAGGAGACGGACACCUUCGACAGGAUCUGUGAUGAAUACCCCUACUUCACCUACAAUACCUCCAGGAAGACCCACAUCCUUAUCCUGGCAACCACCCGAAGCGGCUCCUCCUUUGUGGGCCAGCUGUUCAACCAGCAUUCAGAUGUGUUCUACCUGUUUGAGCCCCUGUACCAUGUACAGAUGACCCUGAUUCCCCGGCUCUCCCACAGCAAGAACACAGCUGACAGGAGAGUGAUGCUAGGGGCCAGCAGGGAUCUCUUGAGAAGCCUGUAUGACUGUGACUUCUACUUCCUGGAGAGCUACAUUAGGCCCCAGCCAGUGAACCACACCACAGACAAACUAUUCCGCCGGGGGGCCAGCAGGGCACUGUGCUCCCCACCAGUGUGUGAUGCCUUUGGUCCCAGCGAGGUCAACAUUGAGGAAGGCGACUGUGUCAAGAAGUGCCCCUCAGUCAACAUGACUCUGGCUGCCGACUCCUGCAGGGAGCGCCGACACAUGGCCAUCAAGAUUGUGCGGGUGCCAGAAAUAAAUGACCUCAGGGCCCUUGUGGAGGACCCCCGACUCAAUCUGAAGAUCAUUCAGCUGGUUCGGGACCCGAGGGGGAUCCUGUCCUCGAGGAUUGAGACCUUCCGGGACACCUACCGGCUGUGGAGGAUCUGGAGGGCCACGGGCCGCAAGCCGUACAACCUGGACCUGAGCCAGCUGACAGUGGUGUGCGAGGAUUUUCUCAACUCGGUUUCCACAGGCUUGAGUCAGCCCCACUGGCUGAAGGGGAAGUACAUGCUGGUGAGGUAUGAGGACCUGGCCAGGAACCCACUGCAAAAGACAAAGGAGAUAUAUGAUUACUUGGGCAUGUCCAUGGACAAGAACGUGGUCCAGUGGAUACAGACGAACACUCGAGGAAGUAACGAGCUGUCGGCCAAGCAUAAAUACGGGACAGUGAGGGACUCAGCGGCCAACGCAGAGAGCUGGAGAUUGAAAUUGUCUUACGACAUGGUCGACUACACGCAAACCGUGUGCCAGCAGAUUCUGCACCAGCUGGGCUACAAGGCGGUCAGCUCCCCGGAGGAACUCAAGAACAUGUCUCUCACGCUCGUUCAAGACAGAACUUUUGUACCGUUUUUGUAACUAAAGGUAGUUGUGGACAACUAUUUUUGAUAUAUUUAUAAAUGUUGCCUUAAUAUUUUCAAUUUUGCACUAAAUUUACAAAAAACUUGAAGGCAUCAGAUCAGGCACCCUCAUUACAUUAGGUAUAGCACAACACAUUUAAACAAAUAAUAUUGUUUACAGACAUGAAUUUGAUGUGAAGUGAUUUCUAAGAGACCAUGUUUACUUCAGAACUUUUUUUGUUCAUUUGAGAAUGAACAAAAAAAUAAAAAUAAAGCACCACCCUUCAUAAAAUUAUUGUUUGCUGGCUACUGCAUUGACAAAAGUGAAUGUUGCCAUUUGUCCAUUUGAAGUAACUGGACCUAAAAUAUUAGGAAAUGUACUUAAUUCCUGUGGCUGAAUUACUGAAAUGUAUGAGAUCUAUUGUGCAAUAAAAUGUGGAUGUUACAGUCAGUCUUUAGUACUUAAAAUCUCUUGGGGAUGAUGCUUCAUAAUGAAUUAUGUACCGCUGGGUAAUUACUGAGUACUGGCAAUGGAUAAAAAAACGUAGACAGCAAUACAAAAUUGCACGGAGAUGGUGAAUAAGUUUAAUUAGAGCUUCAGUCUUCAAUCUAUUGAUCGCCCUGAAUGAGUGAUGAGAUGCAGAACAUAAGUCUUAAACUAUGGUCUGAAUCAGGAGCAGAAAUGUUACUUUAUUAUAAAGAAUGUUCAGCUGUUUUUUCAACAUUUAUCAGAAAAGCCAUCCUUUCCUUGCAUGUGCUACAAAAUCAUUGGUAUAUCAGAAAUUACAAGGUCUUAUUCCUUCAAUUCAGUUAUUACACUUUCGUCCUCAAUACAUGCAUGUUACUUGAUUUGUGACGAGUGAAGCUCAGGCAUGUUCUUGAAUACUUGAAUACCAGUUCUUCUUAUGUGAAAAUAUAGUUAUUGGUGCAAAUAAAAACUUUGAGAAACACCACAGAAUGUCACACUGGAUGCAGAAUGACUAACCUUCUGUAGACUGCUGUGAGAAAUGGCAUUGUUGUCAUCCAUUCUGUGAGGGUAUUUUCCCAUCUUUGUAAGCGUUGUAUUUCUUAGGGUUGACCUCACUGGAAAGGCCGCUGCAUUCUGCCACGUGUGACGUGCUCUGCGUGUAAUGGCUUACAAUGUUUAUUGUUUCCGUGGGCGAAACAUAAGGCUUACACAACAAAAAGCACUCUUCACUGGAGGCAUGGUUUUUUCUUUUUAUUCCAAUUCAGGAAAUAAGCAGAACCCAUACCCAUAACCCAGCUCAUUGCACCGAUAGAAAAUGGACAUCUUUGCCUGACUGCAAAGGUUAAAUUUUGAGGGGCCAGAAGCAGGUUGAUUGUCUGAGCAGAUGCAUCAUAGCUGGCUUUCAAAGGGUAAAAGUGUCAUAAUGGGAUUGUUACUUAAGCGUGAUAGUGGAAAUAAAUUGGUAAUAUAGCCCAAUUAAUUCUGAUAACAAGGGCAGAGUUAACACAAUGUCUGUAGCACCACCACAACACAUGCUUUCAUUUCUCUCUCUCUGCCCUUGUGUGUGUGUGUGUGUGUGUUUGGCACAUGUAUUGUGCUUGCAUGCCUGCUUAGAGGCAUCACAGGCAGAAAUGAUGAUUAUUACUGAGUGAGAGGAAACAAGUCUUCACCAUUUAGUCCAGUCUCAUAAGUUGGGAAAAUAGACAUCAAGUAGAUCGACUCGCCUGUGAGGCACAAAGUAAACAUUAGCUAGACUAUCAUUGAUGUUGCCAUCUCAUUAAGUCUUCAAGAGUAGAUUUAUUGUCUGUUCUUCCAGGCAACUAUCACAUUAUAAUGACAUAGGUCUAUAGGUACUAAUGUUGCAAUGGGUGGCCAAUGUAGUGUACAUUUUGGCACACUUCCAUCUGAAACCAAACAAGCUGGAAGACAUUUAACCAGCCACUAAAGGAGAUGGGGUAGACUAAACAUGCUAGUUGCAUAUCCAUAUCCAUUAAUGAAAAUGUUUACUGUUGUUCAAAGUCACAUCACACACUUGGCAAGACUGCUCUUCUUACUUUGUUUGGAUAUUUGCAUACCCAGCUGUCUCUGUUUGCAGCUACACAUGCUUUAUGUUGAAUAUCUUUAAAAACACAUCAGGUACAGAACUGCUUACUAAGGUUAUCAUUAACACUGGGAAUUUGCAUGACAUGAAUGCGCUGCUAACGAUAUUGGUUGGCUAAGUUAGAUUAUCUAAAUGUAGUGUAUACUACAAUGGAAGCUUAACAUACCCAGGAUUUCUUUGCAUUAGCUGGCUUCACAAAACCUAACACUGCAACUGAGCUUAACCGAUAUCACAAAGUGGCUAUCAUCUUGCUAAGUGAACACAGGCUCUGUAAAUCAAGCUGUGUGUGUGUUCCAAUAAAAGCAGGGGUGUCUGCAAAAAUGAGCCUAUAGCAGCAUGGACCAUAUGUGAGCAUUUCUCACCUGAGGAAAAAAGGCUGUUAUGGACGGAUAUAAUGGACGAAUAUGAAGAACAUAAAACAGUCAAAAAGUUAUUAUUUACCAUACCGAAACUAAUACACUCUCACUAAUUGUUGUAUAAUGUAUUACUGCUCAUUAUGUGUUAGAAUAAUGGCACUCAGGCCAUUGUCCCAUAAUUAAGGGAAGUAGAUAUAGAUGCAUAGAUUUUAUGAAGCUUGCAUAUGUAGCCUACUUGUCCCUCUGUUGAAAAUCUAUAUCUGUUGUAUAGGGUACCCCCAUAGAAAUUCAGGGGAUUAAUUCGAUCUCUAAAUAAUCUCUGCCCUACCCCCAAAUUCUUCAGGAUCCUACAGGACUGGAGACGCCUUUUUCCAAGGAGUUGAUUGGUCAAAGGGUGGUGCUUUUACAUGUUUCAGUCUGAUAGCUUGAACAAAACCAGCCCAGGACCAGGUUAGCCAUGCAACAUAAAUUACCAUGCCAGUAUACCCCAAUUUAAAGUGAAUCAGCUUUGUGAUACAAAAAACCCAUGGUUAAAUAUUAAGUUAGCUCGCUAACCCUGUAAUCUCACUUUGUAGUACACCUGUGAGGUGUCUUAGUGCAGGGCUAGAACAAAAACCUGCAGCAACACCAGUCCUUUUCAGAUAAGAUUGCACACCCCUGCUUUAUAUGGAUGCAUUUUUCAAACUCAGGCAAAGGCACACUCAGUCCUGGUCCUGGAAUCUGGAGAGCCUCAGAGUCUGCUGGUUUUUGUUUUUUCCUUAAGAUCAGUGACUGAUUUAGAUCCAAGAAACCAGGUCAUCUGAGUUAACUGCAUAAUCAACAGCUUUAAUUGGUCAGUUGCUGUGCUACUGAAGUUCUGAGUAACAACAAAAUUUAGCAGACUCUGUAGUUCUCCAAGACCAGGAGUGAGGACCACUUGCUCAAAGACAUACUUUUUGUAGCAUUUAUACUUCCAUCCAUGCUCACUGUCCUUCAUGACUCUCCCUAAAUUAGAUCAACUAAUCGUUUGACUAAAGUAGGUAACUCGUGAUUCAGAUGAGUCAAUGCUUAAAUUGCACUCAUUUUAGCAAAUGGUAAUUUUUCUCCUACUGUCUCUCACUAAUGACUUAUAGUACGUAGUAAGUGGAGGGGCAGCUUUUGAACAAACUAACAUCACUGCCUUCAACAUUGAAGCCCAUUGAUAGUUUUCAUGGUAAUAAUAAACGUGUCUUACCUUUUAAAA